AUGAGACUUUUGGCCAAUUGCCAUCAAGCUACGUCGAUAUUGGGAUUAACGAGUAAAUUAUUACUUAGAAGAUCAUUUUCUGCUACAAGUUUUAUUGCAAUUACUAGUACAAACAGUAAAAUGACUACUAGUGACGGUUCUUUCAAACCUCUGCCUGGACCAUCCGUCCAUGUGUCUGCUCAGAGUAAGGAUGUUUGGAGUAUCAUUAAUGAAGCAGCAGCUUCUGUUGAAUCCACCGGUAAGAAAGUGGUAAAUCUCGGUCAAGGUUUCUUUUCUUAUUCCCCACCGGACUUUGCCAUCGAAGCUGCCAAGAAAGCUCUAGAUGUGCCGGCAUUGAACCAGUACUCCCCUACUAGGGGUAGACCAUCUCUCAGAAAAGCUCUUGCUGAUUCAUAUUCGCCAUUCUUCAAUCGGACUUUGGACCCUGAGAGCGAAAUUGUUGUGACUGCUGGAGCAAAUCAAGGUAUGUAUGCUGCAUUUACUGCAUUCAUCAAUCCUGGCGAUGAAGUUAUUGUUUUUGAACCCUUUUUCGAUCAAUACAUUUCUAAUAUUCAGCUUCCGGGUGGAAAGGUUGUAUAUGUACCUUUACACCCUCCUUCUGAUGCUGCUACUCGAACUUCAUCGGCUGGGGAAUGGAAAAUUGAUUUCGACGAGUUGAAAGCCGCUGUCACUGAGAAGACCAGGAUUAUCGUACUCAACACUCCACAGAAUCCUACAGGAAAGGUAUUUUCUAGGGAAGAAUUAGAAAAGAUUGGUCAGAUCGCUGUUGAACACAACAUCAUCAUCUUAUCGGAUGAAGUAUACGAUCGUCUAUAUUAUACUCCAUUUGUAAGAAUUGCUACUUUAUCCCCAGAAUUGGCACGACUCACUCUCACUGUGGGUUCUGCAGGUAAGACGUUUAGUGCCACUGGCUGGAGAGUCGGCUGGUUGAUUGGACACCCCGAUCUUAUCAAAUACGUUGCGGCAGCAAAUACUCGUAUCGUUUUUACUGUAAACUCUCCUCUCCAGGAAGCUACUGCUAAGGCUCUGGUCCAAGCAGAGACCAAUACUUAUUAUCAUGAUAAUAUUGUCAGCUUUGAAAAGAAGUACAAGAUUUUCAAUGCUAUCUGGGAUGAGCUUGGUCUUCCUUACACAGUUCCCGAAGGAGGCUAUUUUGUACUGGUCAACUUUGCCAAGGUUCAAGUUCCUGAAGAUUAUGAGUUCCCUCCUGAGGUGACCCAUGGUAAGGCCAAGGACUUCCGUACUGCAUACUGGCUCAUUAAGGAGAUUGGGGUUGUUGCAAUCCCCCCUACCGAGUUCUACACCCCUCAAAAUGCUCAUCUAGCUGAAGAGUUCUUGCGUUUCGCUGUCUGCAAGGACGAUCAUAUCCUUGAAGAAGCUGUGGAGAAGCUUCGUGCUCUUAAGAAGUAUAUCAAGAGUUAA